AUGAGCAAAGACAGAACUCCCUUAUUCUGUAGGGUGAACAAUUUUAAGCCCCUACAGAAUACCUCAGGAAGCAUCAAGGAUGAAAAGGAUGCCCAGGACUUGAUCUUAGAAAAAACCAAAGAAAUGGAGUCUUUAAGAAAUUCCAGCUUCGUUAUAGGAGCAAGAAAAAUGCCAGGGACAAUGAAGCAAUUUGAUAAACUGGAUAUUUCAGCUAUGCUUAAGUUGGAGUCAGCUUUGGACAGAGAGCGAAUUUCCAGACAGAUCCUCCCAGAGGCUGCUCCAUUCGCUCUGAAAAGUAAAAUGAAAGCCAGAGAGAAGUACCAAUCCGACCUGUGGUUAGAAAUUGAACACCUGAAUAAAGGUUUAGUGCUACCAGACCCAAGUUCACCUUCCUUGGCACUUUUUAAUACAACUACCAAUGCCGUAACUCAGUGUGAAGCUGAUCCAGUUGAGAACAAGUUUGAACAGAAUCUAAAGAUCAAGUUUUACAUCAGUUCCGGAUCCACAUCUCCGUCCUCCUACAGUGGAGACGAAGCAGACCCAGUGAAGAUCACUGAUUCUGCUCACCUUCCAGUUCACACACCAACAAUAAAGAGAAAGGAAUAUCAUAGUAGAAUCCUCUUUCCAACCAAGCAUAAGACCCACCAGUUUUUCCUCACGUCCUUUACUGCUCCCACCAAGUGUCACCAGUGCACGUCUCUGAUGGUGGGUUUAAUAAGACAAGGCUGCACCUGUGACGCAUGUGGGUUCUCAUGUCACACGACCUGUGUAGAAAAAGCUCCAAAAGCUUGUCCAGUGCCUUUUCAUCGGAAGAAAGGUGCCUUCUGUCUAGACGCACAGAAAGGCAUGGGAACAGCCUAUGAAGGCCAUGUCUGGAUCCCAAAGAAAGCAGGGAUGAAAAAAGGAUGGCAGAGGGCAUUGGCUGUAGUGUGUGACUUCAAACUCUUCCUGUAUGAUAUAGAUGAAGAAAAAGACUCAAAACCCAAUGUUGUAGUGAGUCAAGUGAUUGACAUGAGUGUCUUGCUUUUCCUUCAGGGAUGGAGCAUUUUCUGUCAGUUCAGUCUGGCCCUCUGA